AUGAGUGAAGAUAUAAGUAAAUUAAAAAGUGUAGAAGAUAAACCUAGUGAUACACAUGAAACAAAUGAAGUCUUUUAUGAUGAUGAUUCAGAAAAUUUUUUAAUUAUUUCUCAUAGACAAAAAUUAAAUCCUCUAAUAAAAAAAAUAAAUAGAGUUAGAUAUAAAUUUAAUAAUAUUAUUCCAGAUUUCUUAAUAGGAAAAAAUAAUGCUUGUCUCUUUAUAUCAAUGAAAUAUCAUAGAUUAAGAUCAAAUUACUUAAAAGCUAGAAUUGAAACACUAUCAAAUAAAUAUAAUAAUAGAAUAUUACUUUGUUUAGUUGAUAUUGAUAAUAUUGAUAAUUCAUUAGGAGAAAUAAAUCAACUUGCUUUUUGUUUAAAUAUGACUCUCAUAUUAUGUUGGUCAAACGAAGAAUGUGCUCGAGUUAUAGAAGAUUUUAAAAUUUAUGAAAAAAAAAUCUCCUACUUGAAAAAUAAGGUUUCUUCAAAACAAGACGAAAAAAUAUUUGAACUUUUAAAAAAAAUUAGAUGUAUUAAUUCAACUGAUUGUGUAACACUUAUUAAAAAAUUCAAAAAUUUUAAAAAUAUUAUAAAAGCUAAAAAAGAUGAACUGAUAAAUUGCUCAGGUUUGGGAAACAAAAAAAUUAAUGCAUUAAUAUCAACAUUUAAUGAUCCUUUUUUUUAA